CAGUGGUGUGUCAGCUGGAAUUAUUGGACGAGGCGGGUCACAGCAACUUUUGACUUUCAUCCGAAAGAGAACCGACAUUUCUCCAAAUUUUCGCUAUUUUCCUGCGCGCAAAUGGCAUCCUCUGACGUGGUUCGACAGAUGGACAAGAACGCUCGUCCGCUGGCUCUAUCAGGCCAUGUUGGUUUUGACAGUCUGCCAGAUCAACUGGUGAACAAGUCCACGAGUCAGGGAUUCUGCUUCAACAUCCUCUGCAUUGGUGAAACUGGGAUUGGCAAAUCAACAUUGAUGGACACGCUUUUCAACACCAAUUUUGAGAAUUUCGAGUCUUCUCAUUUUGAACCGAAGGUGAAGUUGCGAGCGCAGACGUACGAUCUCCAGGAGAGUAAUGUUCGUCUGAAGCUCACUGUGGUUAAUACCGUCGGCUUUGGCGAUCAGAUGAACAAGCAGGAGAGUUACCAGCACAUAGUGGAUUACAUUGACACGCAGUUUGAGUCGUACUUACAAGAGGAGCUGAAGAUCAAGCGCUCUCUUCAUAACUACCACGACUCCAGGAUCCACGCCUGUCUGUAUUUCAUCGCUCCUUCUGGACACUCGCUCAAAUCCUUAGAUCUGGUCACUAUGAAGAAGCUGGACAGUAAGGUCAACAUCAUUCCCGUCAUCGCUAAAGCCGACACCAUCUCCAAGAGCGAGUUACACAAAUUCAAGAUCAAGAUCAUGAGUGAGCUAGUCAGCAACGGCGUGCAGAUCUACCAGUUCCCGAUUGACGAUGAAACGGUGGCGAAGAUCAACACAGCAAUGAAUGGUCAUCUUCCGUUUGCUGUUGUUGGCAGUACGGAGGAGGUGAACAUCGGAAACAAAAUGGUCAAGGCAAGGCAGUAUCCCUGGGGAGUCGUGCAGGUGGAGAACGAGAACCACUGUGACUUCGUGAAGCUGCGCGAGAUGUUGAUCUGCGUGAACAUGGAGGAUCUGCGGGAACAGACGCACACGCGCCACUACGAGCUCUACAGGCGCUGCAAGCUGGAGGAGAUGGGCUUCAAAGACACCGACCCAGAAUGCAAACCUGUCAGUCUUCAGCAGACGUACGAGGCGAAGCGGCAGGAGUUUCUGGGCGAGCUGCAGAGACGAGAGGAGGAAAUGCGACAGACGUUCGUCCAGAGAGUCAAAGAGAAAGAGGCCGAGCUGAAAGACGCCGAGAGAGAAUUGCAGGGGAAGUUCGAGCAGCUGAAGCGACUGCAUGCGGAUGAGAAGAGCAAGCUGGAGGAGAAGCGCAGGAGUCUGGAGGAGGAGAUGAGCGCCUUCAACAAACGCAAAGCCGCCACAGAGCUCCUGCAGGCGCAGUCCUUCAACGCCAGCACCAACAACAAGAAGGACAAAGAUCGCAAGAACUCUGGAUUCAUGUGAAGAUGCAGACGUGACCAGACACGGACUGUUACCAUCCUAAACGGCAUGUUUACGCACAUCAGUGUUUUACAAUGUUAGAAAUGUACAGUUAGUGAUGUAGCAGAUGGAAAUACUGACACUCACCAGCAUAUCGGUACUGUAUCACAGAUAUUCUCACAGCACACGUCUGUCUUCACAACCUCACUUCGGUGCCUACAAAAAAAGGAAAUAAUUUCUUAUGAGCACAAUGCAGAUGGUUUAUCACAGAAUAUGCUCUUUUGAGAAAAUGUUAAUCGACUAUUUUUACUGGUAAGCGUUUACUGGACUUGUGUUUUUAUGAUUGGGGAGGGCUAAAAACAUUAAUCAGAAAUACUAUAGUAAAUUUACCAUAAAUGUUUACCUUAUUGCAUUUAUUUUCCACAUUUUAUACUCGUAUGUUACAUGUAUUUAAACAGUGUUAUUUUUGGGUGAUGUUUUAACCAAAUAAACUUGUAUUUUUCAGCAAAUUGGA